AAUCAAACUUUCAUCAAAUUGCAAAUCAUCCCAAUAUUAAAACUCAUUAAUGGCAAAGAUAUUAGAACUGUUGUAGCUCAAGAUUUAGCAUCAAGCUUAACUAUAGCUAUAAAUUCUGGAAAUCUUGAGGCCGACAAUAAAUUGAUUUCUUACUUAGUGUCUAGCAAACCAGAUUUAUUUACUAAAUAUAAAUCUUUUCAACUAUAUACAUCGAAAAGUCCUGCACUUCCCGAUGGGAGUAUUGUUUUGUCAACUUCUAAUAUAGAAAAGACAUCUCUUUUUGCAAGGUAUGAUUUUAUAACAGACAUUAAAGAUCUUCCCAUAAGUAACAAUUUAGCUAUAUUAGAUGAAAUCUCUAUAAAAAAUUGGGUGUAUUUAAAAUCACUUAAAGGCAAAUAUAAAUAUUUUAAUCAAAAUCUGAAAGAUUAUUUGAUAAAAUUGAAUAUGAAUGAUAAUUUGCUCGAAACAGUGGUUCUUACUAUGGAUUAUAGCAUUGUUAAUAAGUCUAAAAUUUUCAACUCUCAUCCCCAAUUACGACUGGGUGACAAAGCAUAUUUUACAAUGUAUCUGUUUUUUGGUAUGUUAAUCACCUCACAAGAAUUGGUAAAUGAACUAACCAGUUAUGUUCCUAUAAAGACAAAAAAUAUAUCAGCCUAUUUACAGAAUGUUGCCAAAGAUUUACCAGAAAUUUUAAAUGUCAGAAUUAAAAAUAGGGGGUGA